AUAAUCUUUUUUUUUUUUUGUCCUUUUUUUGUGUUUGCUUUUGUUUUGAUAGGCUAAAGAACCUUCUCUCUUCAUUCGAGGGGCUUUUACAUUUUGUUUAUAGUUUGCACCAUGGCUACCAAAAUCAGAAGGAUUUACAAAAGGUUCAAAUAUAUUUGCCAAAUCUUUGUUGUGAAGGAGCGAGAGAUGGAAAUUGGGUAUCCAACAGAUGUCAAACAUGUUGCACACAUUGGUUGGGAUGGGGCUUCUGGUACUCCCCCUAGUUGGAUGAGUGAAUUCAAGCCAGGACCUGAUUUCAACACAUCCCUUGGUGCUAACCCAAGAGAUUCUAAUUCUGAAGCUACCAAUCCAUUGUCUCCUCAAGAUUAUGAUUGGCCAGAGGGAUCUCAGAAGUGUAUAGACAGUCCCUCAUCAACUAAUGUCUCAAAUCCUACAAAGAAACAGAAGCGGAGGAAGAAGUUUGCUACCUCUCUUAGGUCCAACUCAUCAAAAUCAUCACGGAUAUCAUCAAAGUCGAAAUACAGUCAGAUGGAGCCAACAUCAAACUUGUAAGUUUAGAGAUGGUGCAAGAUUCUGAAGUUUGUUUCAAAGAACCAGUAAAGAUCAAGGUGCAUAACUGAGAUGGAAAAAGUUCCAUUCAGUGGUACUAAGAUAUUAGGAUUGAAGGUAGGAAUUUGAGCAAAAUUUUGUGGAAAUGCGUGAAUCCCAUUGCAAGCUAAGCUUAAGGUGAAUUAGGUGGGGACAAUAAACUUAAGCUGAAACAUUCAAGGAUGAGGCGACUUGGGUAGAAGCAGUUUGUUUUUGUUUACAGUGAUCAAUAAACAUUCAGAUAAAUUGCUUGUGUUGUACAGGAAUCCUGAUUUUUCUUGGUAAAUUGUUGACUUUAUUUUUUCAUUUUUCCCACCAAACAGAAAUUUAAUAGAAUGGAUGCUGAGCU